AUGGGAACAUCUAUAGAAAGGAUACGCUUGGCGGAGCCUGCCGGGAGCGAUUCCGUUCCCUUUGAUUUACUGAUCAGAGCCGAUACUUAUAGUAAAAUAAUAUUGCCGGGAGUAAAAAAAGGGCCGCUGAAUGCCCGAAUCGCGCAACAAACGAUUUUCGGGGGGAUUAUUUCGGGUCCGGCUUACGAAGGGGAGAAAAAAGAGCCUUGCACAUUACAAGUAAAUCACUUGAAAUACGAUGAUCUUAUGCAAAACGAGUUAAAAAAGUUCUGGGAGCUUAAAGAGGUACCGCGCAUGUCUUUAUUAACGACGGAAGAAAAGGAGUGCGAGCGACAUUUUUUGACGCAUCGCCGCUUGCCAAACGGACAAUAUGAGGUUCGUCUUCCCUUGAAGCGAGAUCCCUUUUCGUAUCUGGAAGACACGGAAAUAAUUGCUAAGAAAAUUUUCAAAUCAAACGAAAGUCGAUUAAGAAAUAGUUCGCAGCUCAAGGAAUAUAACGAAUUCCUCGCAGAGUAUCGCGCCCUAGGUCACAUGAUAAAGACAACUUGCGCGCCUUUUAUUGCAAAUCGCGUUUUGCGACAAUUAGCUGAAGAUGAAAAAGAGAAAUUUCCCAUUGCUUCAGCCGUAUUGCAGGAAGAUUUUUAUGUAGACGAUGCUAUGUUCGGCACUGAUGACAUACCCUUAUUAAAAUAG